AUGAUGCCCUUCGUAAGGGCGCUCCCUAACGCUCGUUGCUGUCUUUGCCAUCUCUCGCGCUGUGUCACACGGCCGGUGCCUACUACAACACGUUGCCUAUCCUCUUCCAAUUCUCGAUUACGACAACAAUACCGCUAUAUCUCAGGCUCCUCUAUAGCUUCACGGCGCAACAACGACUUCAAUUCAGGCUUCAGCAGCAGCUAUGACCCAUCAAUCGAUGCGGGGCGCGGCCCCAUGUUCAACAAGACCAACUUUGGCGUACCGCAGUUCUACCCACGCGAUCUCAAGAAAAGAGUGGACGACUACGUCGUUGGCCAGGACCGGGCUAAGAAGACAAUAUGCGCAACCAUCUUCAACCACUACCAGAAUCUACGGCGAAGACACCAACAUGAGCACGAAGACCGGAACAGACGGGACAAGGUAAUGCGCCAGAGGUUUGCGAGAGACAGAGAACUGCAUCAGAAGCGUCGUGAGAUGCACCCUGUCGAAGGUCAGCGUGUACAUGGUUCUAUCCCUGGGCGCUACGCUGCUGAUACUCUUAAAGAUGAGUUCCCGGGCCAUAAUGAGUCGGUCCGUGCGCUUCACGAUAACCACGAAUUCGAUGACGACCCAAUGGACCAUCUCUAUGUUGCAGAGGAUACAACAGUUCCCGACCACGUCAAGAUAGACAAGAGUAACCUCCUUCUGGUCGGCCCCACGGGCGUUGGCAAGACCUACAUACUAGAAACACUAAGCAAAAAGAUAAACGUACCCUUCUCUAUCUGUGACUGCAACUCCUUCACUCAGGCUGGAUACAUAGGACAGGACGUUGAGACCUGCGUUGAGCGGCUCCUUAUCGAAGCCAACUAUGACAUCAAGGCAACAGAGCACGGUAUUAUUGUUCUAGAUGAAUUCGACAAGAUUGCAAGGCGCGAAACGACUACUGGUCGGGAUGUUGGGGGCGAGGGUGUUCAGCAGGCGCUGCUGAAGCUCGUUGAGGGAACAAAAAUCACCAUCAAUGUCAAGGACAACCGCUCAUCCCGAUCUACGCCACCUAUCACAACGAACUACAGCGCAUCUGGGCCAUCUUCCUCGACUCCUCAGGCGACUCCUCCAGGUGGCAAGGUUGACCAGUAUACUAUUGACACUACUAACAUCCUCUUUGUGUUCUGCGGCGCCUUCGUCGGGCUAGACAAGGCGGUCCUAAAGAGGGUCGCAAGACCGACGAUGGGGUUCGGCGGAGAACUUAGGGGACGCUCCUCCAUGCCUGGCAACAAGCAAACCCUGCCGGCAGAAACAUAUAUGCAUUUGCCUCACCACAACCCUCAAUCAGCUUCAUCGUUCACGCCGUUGGAUCUCACCACUCCUGCUGAUCUACAAAGCUUCGGUUUCAUACCCGAGCUGAUAGGGCGCCUACACAAUAUCUGUGCUCUUAGCCCGCUUUCUCAAGAAGAUCUUUUACGUAUUCUAACUGAACCCAAAAACAGCCUUGUUGCUCAGUAUACCGCUCUUUUCGAGACGUACCCUUCGCGGUUAUUCUUCACAGAGAAAUCCUUACAUGCUAUCGCGGAGCGAGCUGCUGCUUCAGAAACAGGGGCCCGAGGUCUCAAGAUGGAGAUGGAACGUGUCCUAGCAGAGCCCAUGUUUGAUGCUCCGAUGCCUUAUGUACUCAUCACCGAGGCAUGCGUAAAGGGGACGGAGAAAGCAGGAUACUGGGGCAAAGACGGCCGGUUUGAGGUGGACAGAAGAAUGCAGGCAGAAGAGAUGAACCCAGCCAUAGGGGAACCCGAGAACACAUUUGAAAAGUAUCGAGAAGCUGGACAGAGCGGUGGCUAA